CGCCUCCGACUCUGCUCUAGGUACUCGUCCCAAGUGCGCACCGAGGUCGUCUCACCAUUCAACUCCUACACCUUUGCGCUCUGGGCGUGACGUCGCACGUAGCCACUGCUACCUCGACGUACAUCGACGGGUGACACCAGCAUAACUCCCCCUCCCCCCUCCCCCUUUCGUUGCUCGAGUUCUUCCGAGAGCCAUGGGUGCUUUACCUUGUAUCAACACCAGCGAUCAAGGUUGGAUCGUGCAGAAGUUUGGAGGCACCAGCAUCGGCAAAUUCCCAGAUAUUAUUGCUCGAGAUAUUGUUCGAACCGGCUUGGAUUCGAAUAGGAUCGCUGUCGUCUGCUCUGCGAGGAGCUCCGGCAAGAAGGCUACGGGCACUACUAGUCGCCUACUAGACGUCUAUCAGAACCUGCGCUCUGUCUCGGUAGCGACCACCGAUGUCAUUGCUCAGCAGGAGUUUGUCGAGGAGGCCAAGUCCGCUAUCCAGGCCAUCUGCGAGGAGCACCUCUCCGCCGUACAGGAAUUCGUCAAGAACCCCGCCCUGCAAAAGGCGCUCGCCGCCGACAUCCAGGGGGACUGCCAGGAGCUGAUAGAUUACGUCCUCGCAGCCAGGCGGUUCAACUUGGAGGUCAAUGCCCGAUCUAAGGAUCGCGUGGUGAGCUUCGGAGAGAAGCUGAGUUGCAGAUUUAUGGCGUACCUGCUCCGAGACCGGCAUAUCGAGGCUGAAUACGUGGACCUGUCCGAUUUGAUGCAUUGCGACAGCACCGACCGGCUGAGUCCGGCCUUCUACAAGACUGCCGCCGCCGCCUUCCGCAAGCGUGUCCAGGCUUGCCAAGACAGGGUGCCGGUGAUUACGGGCUUCUUCGGCAACGUCCCUGGCAGUCUGAUGGACGGAGACAUUGGCCGCGGGUACACCGACUUGUGCGCCGCUCUCGUUGCCGUAGGUCUCGGGGCCAAGGAGCUUCAGAUAUGGAAGGAGGUGGACGGCAUCUUCACCGCCGAUCCGACCAAGGUCCCGACGGCAAGGCUGCUAGCGACCAUCACGCCCUCGGAGGCGGCCGAGCUCACUUUCUACGGCUCCGAAGUCAUCCACCAUCUCACCAUGGACCAAGUCAUCAAGGCCGACCCGCCGAUACCGAUCCGUAUCAAGAAUGUGAACAACCCUCGCGGCAACGGCACCACCAUCGUCCCGGAUCCCGUACAAGCGCCGAGCCAGCAGAUCCGGAGGUCCCGGCCGUCGGAGCUAUCGCUGCGCAAGACGCCCCGGCGACCGACCGCGGUGACGAUCAAGAACAACAUCACUGUGAUCAACGUGCACUCGAACAAGCGGUCCAUCUCCCAUGGCUUCUUCGCCAAGGUGUUUUCGAUCCUCAACAACCACCGGAUCUCGGUCGACCUGAUCUCGACGAGCGAGGUGCACGUGUCGAUGGCGAUCCACUCGGCGACCCCGUCGGUGCACCACUUCGAGGAGGCCACGGCCGAGCUCGAGGAGUGUGGCGACGUCAGCAUCCUGCUCGACAUGGCUAUCCUGAGCCUUGUCGGCGCCGAGAUGAAGAACAUGGUCGGCGUCGCCGGGCGCAUGUUCUCCACCCUCGGUGAGCACAACGUUAAUAUCGAGAUGAUAUCGCAAGGCGCGAGCGAGAUAAACAUCUCGUGUGUCCUCGACGCUAGAGAGGCUACGAGGGCGAUGAACAUAUUGCAUACGAACCUGUUUACGUUUUUAGAGUAAACCUCGUAGCCGCUGCCGGCGGUCACCCAACCUGCCUCUCCCCAGCUAUCUGGGAAAGGGGGGAAUACGGGGCGUGGAGGACAGACGGAUAUGAAGGUCGGUUGUUGUAGCGGGCCUCACGAUUUCUACGAAUUGUAUCUAGCGCCGAGAGCAUUAAGCAGAUGGGGAGGCGCUGAAACUCGCACACAAUCUAUACGCAUACACGGAGCAGAAGGAUGGGAAUAGCCGGCCGGCGCUUCACGGAUUUUUAGGUAUAGAACGGGAAAAGGGGUUAGUAGGGAAAC